GUCGCCCUCUUUUAGUUUAACCUUUCGGGUCUAUUUUCAUUUAUCAGCAUUUGUUCCGCUUGUUGCUGCUCUGCCGAGUACCUCCACCGUCUUCGGCAUUGUGCUUUUGUUUUAUAUCAGAACAUUAUGGAGGGACUUGGAAGUUAAACGCUUUUUGGCCGCGAUUUUUUUGUGUGCACGGUUUCUCUCUCCGCACAUGCUGCCUGAUCCACUGAAUACCUCCGGUGUGCCGGUUUUGAGCUGCCAAGAGGAUGCUGUGGUGCAACGAUGAUUCAGAAAACAAAGGUGGUGAUACAAACUUAGAUGAUGAUUCAACCAAGUUGCCUGCUAUCAACUUCACAGGGCUUCGAAGUCAUGCAAUUUCUGAUGGUUCCUUGGAUUUCAAUCUCAGAGCUCCAAAACGGGCAACUUCAAUUGAUGUGCAAGGUUCAGAUUCCAAAAGCUGUGACCUUCCAUUAUCUGGUGAAGCUGAAAGCUCUCAGCUGGAUCUCAGCCAUUCUCCUGCCUGCUUGUCCAAUGAAAUAGUAAUGGUAGUGAGUAGUGAGAGUGAUGGUGAAAACGAUCUAGAAAUUCCUCUGUCAGAAAGACUAAAGAUGAAACUUGCUGAGAACAAAAAGUUUGACAAAUCUGACCGCUCAAUUUCCGAAUCUAGUCAAGAAAAUUAUAGUCAUGUCCCCAAUAAACUUCAAUGUAGUCAAAUUGAUCCCAAGGUUAAGCUAGCUGAUGUCACUGAACUUAAAGACCAAACUAUGGGACCUUCAUUCAUUCGACGGAGAGCUGUCUCUUCCCGCUCAACAUGGGACAUUUCAGACUCUGAUGGUGAUGAACUCUGCAUAUUGCAACCAGUAAAAUCAUGUGAGCCACACUCAAAUUUGAGUCAAUCAUGUAUCAAAGAUCUUGCAUCUUCCAAAGAGGUGACAACAGCUCCAUCUAACCAUAAGAAAAGGAUUAAACGGAAUCCAUCAGAAAUGGGAAGAGCUCAACAGGAGGCAUUGAAAAAAUGUCAAGAACGAGAGCUGCAGCGAGCAGAGAAGGAAAAUAUUCGUAGACUACGAGAACAAGAAAAAGCUACAAGAAAGAUGUUGGCUGGCAUUGAGAAGAUGUUGCGACCAGGGGAGUGUCUGAAACACAUACAGGUCUCAAUUGAUCCAGGAUUACUACAGGUAGAAGGAGGGGGACAAUUGUUAAGCACUCUACAGGCUAUGGAAGUUAGCUGUGUGAUAGAAAAUCAGACAAUUUCCCAUAGUGUGACCUGGAGGAGGAGACAAGCUUGUAUUGUCGGGCAGCAGAUGAAUGAAGUAGCUGACUGGGCGGAUGAGCUUCAUGUUGUAAUUCACAUCCCACUGGUAGAGUUUGUGUCAAUGGUUCAUGCGCAAAAACAGGAAUUGGAAGGUGCUGCUACUGAAGGCCAGGUGACAUUGGAGAGUUUUACUCUUAAUAUUCUUCAGAAAUCUGCAGGGAGAGUUCCAUCUUUGGUCAUUGUCAAACUGGAAAAGCACUUCAGUCUACAGAAGAAGCAGAAGUCACAGAAGAAACAUCAGCAGACAGCUGCUAGAAAUGGACAAGAUAAAUCAAGACGGAAGAGUCGUGAGCACAAUGUGUCUCUGAUAUCACGAGUGGAUGUAGAAUUAGUUCUAGUGCACUUGCAGGUGUCUGUUGGAGUUCAGGUCCAACUCUUGGAGACAUGGAAGGAGUUUGCAGAUUAUGUCGGCAUGUUCACCAAAGCUGUGGCUGAGGCCCCAUUCAAGAGAGCACGAGACAACAAUGGAUUAUCUGUCUACUUAGAGAACGAUGGGUCUAGAGGGGUGAAGAUUGAUCGUUCUGGAAAAGGUCUCCUGAGCAUUUGGAAGAAGCAGAUUCAACAACUGAACAGAGUCAGCUCUGAGAUAGCAAAUGCUAUCGUGUCUGUCUAUCCAUCACCACGGUCACUAACGCAGGCAUACCAGGAAUGUAGUUCUGAACAGGAGAAGGAGAAGCUGCUUGCUGACAUUCCUGUUCGCCGUGGAGAAGGAAUAACUUCAACAACACGAAGAAUUGGACCAGAACUGUCAAAACGGGUCUAUUUGCUGAUGACAUCCUUGGAAGCAGAAAGUUUUCUCGAGUAACAGAAGCUUCCAAAAUGUUUUUUUUGUUUCCACGGCCCAUCAGUAUUCCUCCUCUUUCCUGUGACUGAGUCAUGAGUCAAAUUGUGCAUUCAGCUUGAAGCACAGGUCACUAUUGUGGCAAUAGUGUUGUACAGGACAAAGGUAAUGAGAGAUCUACAGUUGUUUAUCUUAAUAAAGGGUUGGAGAAGUGUAAUUCU